GUACAGUACAUGUACACAUGUGCGUGCAUCUGCAGCUCAAGUGCCAACUGCAACUGCCUGAAACAUUACUGCCGCGCUGCAAUUAUGUCGAUCCGCGGUGAUUUAGUAGGCCUGUUUACCAGUAUCGGACUGAGCGAACAGAAAGCCAAGGAAACGUUGAAGAACGAGUCAUUAGCCAAUGACUUAGUACAAGUAAUUUGCGAGGCAAAGAAGUACAAUGGUGGGCGUGCCAUCGAUAAGGCAUGUGGUAUGCUGCUGUAUCACGUAGCGACGAGGUUGAAGAACAAACGCCGUCUGGGCUUCCUCCUGCAGUACAUCAUUUCGAAGAGGUUGAGCUCGGAACCUCAGUUAACGGCUGCACUUGAUUUCUUCAAGUCGCACCCGACUGAUCCGAUCGAUGUAAAAGCAUUUGAGGUGGCAUGCGGCAUUGGCGUCGAGGUCACUCCUGAACAGAUUGAAGAGGCCGUGGAAGUGGUGAUACUAAAGCACUCGGCAGGCUUGCUGGAGAAGAGAUACCAUUACAACAUGGGAAGCAUCAUGGGGGAAGUUCGUCAGGUGCUGAAGUGGGCAGACGGGAAGGCCAUUAAGAAUGAAUUGGACAUGCAGGUGCUGGAUCUGCUUGGUCCCAAGACAGAUGCAGACAGAGAGAAACCAACCAAGACGAAGGAGCCAAAGGCAAAAGGCAAGACGAAGGAGGAACAGAAGAAAUCUGAACCGGAGAAGGAGUUGGAGUCCCCUGCAGAAGGCGGAGCCGAAAACAUCAACCAACUGAUGGGGGAGGCUGUGAAAUUUCAUAAACCAGGAGAGAACUAUAAAACUGAUGGCUAUGUUGUCACCCCUAAAACCAUGGAAAUACUGAAGCAACACCUGCAAUUCACAGGUGGUCAGGUGCGGACGCGUUUCCCCCCAGAACCAAAUGGAAUUCUCCACAUUGGCCACGCAAAGGCCAUCAACUUCAAUUUUGGCUAUGCAAGGGCUCACGGUGGCAUUACCUUCUUGCGGUAUGACGACACCAACCCUGAGAAGGAAGAGGAGAAAUUCUUCACAGCAAUCCUUGAUAUGGUCCGAUGGCUGGGCUACGAGCCGUGUGACGUCACGCACGCUUCUGAUUACUUCCAAGAACUGUACGACUUGGCAGUGGAUCUUAUACGCAGGGAUUUGGCAUACAUUUGUCACAUGAGACCGGAGGAGAUCAAAGGUCACAACAAUCCGGAUUCGCCUUGGAGGGACAGGCCCAUUGAGGAAUCGCUCAAGCUGUUUGAUGACAUGAGACGGGGUAAGAUCGCCGAAGGCGAGGCUGUCCUACGGAUGAAGCACACCCUGGCAGAAGGGAAGAAAGACCCUGUGGCAUAUCGCAUCAAGUUUACGCCUCACCACAGAACCAAAGACCAGUGGUGUAUCUACCCAACCUAUGACUACACCCACUGUCUAUGUGACUCACUGGAGCACAUCACGCACUCCUUGUGCACUAAAGAAUUCCAAUCCAGGCGCCAGUCCUAUUACUGGCUGUGCAAUGCACUGGAUCUCUACUGCCCUGUGCAGUGGGAGUAUGGACGACUUAACAUGAACUACUCUGUGGUAUCCAAGAGGAAGAUUGGCAAACUCAUUGAAUACGGUAUUGUCAGAGAUUGGGAUGACCCGAGGCUGUUCACCUUAACGGCCCUUCGGCGUCGGGGCUGCCCGGCUGAAGCUAUCAACAAUUUCUGUGCCAAGAUUGGAGUAACGAUGUCACGUGUGACUUUUGACCCCUCUCUGCUUGAGUCCUGCAUGAGGGAAGUGUUGAAUAACUCGGCACCCAGGGCCAUGGCGGUGUUGGACCCACUCAAGGUCACCAUCGUGCCUGAACGAAAGCCCGAGUUAUUGAACGUUCCAGUGAUCCCUCAUGACAGCAGCAAGGGAACACGGGAGAUGCUCUUCACCUCGGUCGUCUACAUCGAGCAGAGCGACUUCAGCGAGAAUCCAGAGAAGGGAUAUAGGCGGCUGACUCCCUCCCAGCCGGUGGGUCUGAAGUACGCUGCGCAAGUCUUGACGGUGCAGUCCAUAAUCAAGGACAAAUCUGGUCGAGUGACGGAACUCAGGGUGACGUCCCAGCCUGUUGACAUGGUGCCCAAGCCCAAAGCCUUCAUUCACUGGGUCUCAGAACCCAUCGAGUGUGAAGUCCGAAUCUACGGCAGACUGUUCCAACACAAACACCCGGAAGACCCAACAGAAGUGCCUGGAGGUUUUGUGAGCGACUGCAAUACGGAUUCUCUGAGCGUGAUACCCAAUGCGCUGGUUGACCGGUCGGUCAAGGGAGCCAAAGUCUAUGACAAGUUCCAGUUUGAGAGGAAUGGCUACUUCUCUGUCGAUACCGACUCCAUGCCCGACAAGCUUGUUUUCAACCAAACUGUGGCUCUCAAGGAAGAUGCCAGCAAAAACUGAGUGUCAUCUACACGGUUGCAUGCGCACAGUAUCGGCCUGCUUUACAACCCAUAUAUAUAUCUGUCUUUGAAGUUGUCUUUUCUCACAGUGAUUAUUGUAGGCUUUUAAACCUCUUCUUUCUUGUAGUUGGUGUUGUUAGAAAAGGGUAGUCUCAGGUAGAGCUUCUUCUAAGUUUGCUGAGCAGCGAAACGUGUGGUGGGCCAAUGCUAGGCUGCCUGCCAAUCCAUGAGUUCCAUCGCCUUGAAAAAGUUCUCCAUUAAUUUUUGCCCUGCAAAUGAAGUUACAGAAACAAGGAAACUUUCAUGCGAACCAUGAAAUGACCCGAGGGCUUUUAAUGAGCGAGAAUAAUGCAUUCACAUGCAUGAACCAAGAAUCUACAACUGAUUAGGAAAUCAGGAAAAGGCCUUUUUUGCUUAUAGCUGGAUUAUGUAGUUGAUUUAGCGUAUAUGAAAAUGAAACUAUGUGUAUUGUUUUUUAAAGAAUCAAACAUUUUGCCCCUGAAGAUCUAUGCACGUAAUCCUACCAAAUCAGAGGCAAUAUCUUGAAAAACACUCCUGAAGAAAUCUUCUCGAUGCACUGCUCAACAGCGCAAACAUAUCUUUACUCUUUUUAAAAGAAUGAGCAUCUGGUUGAGGCAUAUUCCGUUUAUUUGUGUCAUUUUCUUUCUGAAAUCUCUGAAUUGAUGACACCAAUAGUCCAUUACAUUGGUUUGUUGGGGGGGGGGUGUCCAGCCUGUAGCCUUCUGAGCCAUUUUUUGAUAGUGGCCAUGUAACCAUGCUGAUAAGGCAGUCCAUAGUCAUAGGGUUGGCAGAAGGGUAAAAUAUUGGCAAUAGACUUUAUUCACGGGGGCGGUCAUGUUGAAUUUGAAAGCGAGGUCAACUCUUCAUUUUUGAAUGUUGAGAGUA